GACCAUCUGCGAUCCACCUGCUCUGCUAUUGUAUUCCGACUGCAUAUGGUUUUGUCUUCCCGUCUUCUUCAGCCUAAAAGCUGUUCCGCCACAUUUCCCGGUCAGCAAGGUGACGUUGAUCUCGUGAACGCGUCCAAUGGCUAUCCACCAGCCCCGGAAUCUCAUGCCACUUUCGCAAGGGCAUGAUCAUUCCGACCCGACUCCACUUCAUCAGAUUCGCACACAAUCUCGCAUUGGAGAUGUGAAUCACGAGUCGAUCACUCACGUCUCCAAACACAUUCUCGCGUAUGAUCGUUCCCCGAAAGAGACUGCUGCCAAUGGCAAGUCGGCGAAGCAAGCAAUUCGUCGACGCAUAAGUCGCGCCUGCGAUCAGUGCAAUCAAUUACGUACGAAAUGUGACGGCCAACAACCUUGUGCACAUUGCAAGGACUCUCGAUUGCCUUGCGAAUACGCUCGCGAGCGCAAGAAGAGAGGCAAAGCAUCCAAGAAGGAAAUAGCAGAGCAGAAAUUUAAAGCUGCUGCAUCAGGCGUCCGUGAUACACAACGCGAUAGCCCUGAAGAUAGCUAUACUGAUGAGGAGGAUAUCUCGGACCCGCCCGCUUCGGCAUUGAAGCUCGGAGAGAAACGCAGCAGGACGAGCCGUCCUUCUGUGACAUCGAGAAUGUCGGCCUCGAAUAUGACGAACGAAGACCAGUCUAAUUCGCCAAAUACAGGUGCUCCAUUGCCUGAAACGCUGAUACCGACAAACGAUGUGGGAACAUACUCCACGGUUGCUCGAGCGGAUCACAGGCUUGCCAAUGUUGCAGACUCUGGCGUGCAUAGCGAAGGCAGGUCUGACUUGCGGAGCGGAUAUGAUAGCCUCAUAGGUUAUCAUCAAGAUGUGUCUUCUGCCAACUCGAUGCCGCGGAAUAUGCUGCCUGCCACCGGAACAAUAGUCAUGCCGUCUCUGUCUCAUGGCAACCAAGCAGGGUCUUAUAGCGAUACUCAAUUCCCUCUAUUAUCUCCAGAUGGUCAGCAAGCUAUCGCAGGUCCAAACUUUAAUUUUGGACAGUCGCCACUCGCCGGCGGCUUCUUCGGCCAAUCGCCACAGGCUGGUGCAUCGGCCUGGAUGGCGCUCAGCUCUCCUUCCGGCACAAUGUAUCCAACUCUUCACGCUGUUUCGUCAUACGACGAAAGUGGUUUGAAAUAUCCAGUACUCGAACCUCUGUUACCCUACAUUGCGUCGAUCAUGCCGGUAAACAUUGCAUGUGAGCUCCUUGAGUUUUAUUUCUCUAGCACAUCCUCGACCUUUGUUCAUCCACAGUCACCGCAUGUGACUGGAGUCUUUCUCCGGAAGAGGUCAUUUCUGCGAACAAAUAACCCACGACAUACGACUCCCGCUCUACUGGCCAGUAUGUUAUGGGUCUCGGCUCAAACAAGCGAUUCUGCAUACCUCAAUACCCCCGUCACAGCUCGCAACAGAGUCCUGCAGCAGUUACUCGAGCUUUGCCUUUCUUUGCUGAAGCCACUGGUACACGGCAGCCGUGUGAGCGAACAGGAAGGAGGGCUACCAGGAGUUGCAGCUUGUGUCGACGACAUUGCUACAUACAUACACCUCGCGACUGUGAUAUCUGCUAGCGAACACAAAGCAGCCAGCAUACGAUGGUGGAAAAUCGCUUGGACUCUUGCUCGAGAAUUAAAACUCGGACGCGAAUUGCCGCCGAAUCCUGAUCCACUCUCACGACACGGCCAUGAAUUGGAUGCAGAUCUUAAUGCGAAUGGUGGCAGCAAUCCCCGAACAGACAGUCGCAGUGGUAUUCCAGGCUUCUUUUCAGAAGAGGAACGUGAAGAGCGACGUCGUAUCUGGUGGCACUGCUAUAUUGUUGACAGGCAUCUGGCACUUUGUUACAAUCGACCGCUCACCCUCUUGGACGCGGAGUGCAGCAACCUUCUUCAACCAGACAGCGACAUCAAUUGGCAAGCUGGUGAUUAUUACAGAUCAUCAAGCGGAGGACAAUACGGUUCAACCGGACACGGCGACGAUAAUAGUUCGCAACGUGGGCGUGGUCCAGCGUUCGAAUGCACCGGUCAUAGUAUCUUCGGUUACUUCCUACCAAUAGCAACUAUCUUAGGAGAAAUUGUUGAACUAAACCAAGCUCGAAACCAUCCGGUAUUCGGAAUGAGUUUCUUCAAUUCACUGGAGUGGAAUACUCGUGUUGCCGAAAUUUCACAGCAACUGCAGACCUACGGUCGUAGCCUGGAAGCACUUCAAGCUUAUUACGCCGUUCCUCUCGACCUCAUCGAUUCAGAUCUACAUUGUGAGAAAGAGUUCCGCUACCCUUUCUUAAGCGGUCUUCCACGACCCAAUCCUGAGACCGUCCAUCACACCAAGAUAGUCGUCGCUUACGGCACUCAUCUCAUGCACACCAUGCACAUUCUUCUCAAUGGGAAAUGGGACCCAAUCUCCCUGCUCGAUGACACCGACGGCUGGAUUCAGUCUCAAUCAUAUCUGCACGCGCACCGCCAUGCCGUCAGCGCCGCCGAGGCCAUUAACGCCAUCCUCGACUAUGACCCAGAUCUCUCCUUCAUGCCCUGGUUCUUCGGAAUUUAUCUUCUACAAGCCUCCUUUCUGCUGCUACUUAUCGCAGAUCAACUGCAGAUUAAAGCGCAGCCGAACGUCGUUCGAGCGUGUGAGGUUAUCAUUCGUGCGCACGAGGCUUGUGUCGCGACGCUGAGUACGGAGUAUCAGAGGAACUUUCGCAAAGUCAUGAGGAGUGCGCUCGCGCCCAUGAAAGGCAGGAUGAUAGAAAACCCGGGGGAGAAUCAGAAUCGCAGGAGAGAAGUGUUGGGAUUGUAUCGGUGGACACCGGAUGGCACGGGACUGGCACUUUGA